UAGACCAAAACUAACACGUGACCUAAUGAUCGAAAAAGAGCGCGCAAAGAUUCCAUAAACAAGAGCAAGCCACAGAAGUAAUCGAUCUGCUUGUUUUGCUGGCUUUACAGUGGAAGUAAAUCGCACGUACCUUUCGCCAUGAAUCUUCGAGAGCAGUUUCUGAAAUCCGUUGGAGAGGAUUCCCCCCAAGCUUUUCUUCGUUUCAUAGAGCAGCACAACUCAAAGAAUGAAUCAUUUGAUGUUGAAGAGCUGUUGCAGACCCUGUCCAAACAGGAUCAUGAAAGGCUAUGGUGUGGCCUUCGUGAUAUGACUCACAGACUGUUAUCAACAAGUCCAGUGGGAUCUGGGCAAAAUAUGGACUAUGAAGAUGAAGAGCCAUCGCAAUCGUCUGUCCUACUCUCCUAUCUUGAAGGUGUGAUUGUAGUGGCACUCUGUGCUUUAGCUACACCAGAAAAGUCUCCCCACACACCAUCAGCUUUGCUGGAAACUGCUGUCAUUUUACAUGGUUUGCUGAUGUCCCUGCCAGAAGGAGCAGAAACCUUGCAGAACAAUAUUGCACAGCUAUGUGAACUGUGGUUUCUUAAUGAACUGGAAGGAAAAGAGGAGUUGGUCACGCAGACCUUUCCUUAUCUCAUAAUCCGAAGCCUCAGUCGGGGAAUUGUAAGCAACUUUAUUACAUGUAGAAAAGGGGUUGUGUCCAGAAGUAUCAGAAGCUUUUCUAGAGUGAUUUUUUGCACAGGGCAACUUAUACAUUGUACUUGUUAUUGUUUGUCAACUAGUCUAGUAUUGGCAAAGACUUCAUGUACAGUUAUAGAUCUCUGUUGUUGUUGUUGUUGUUUGAUAUUUCAAACACCAAGAACAAAGUGGAGGAUAAUACAUACAUUGUACAUGCAAGUAUUAACUGCUUGUAGUGUUGAAGUCUUGGUCAGCAACAUGGACAACAGUCUUUCUCAGAACUACACUGUUUCUGAUGUAAAGCGUGUGUGGAGUUUACGCCAGUCACUUCUACUGAUGGACUUUGAAGAUAAUUCUUCAGAAUCUUUGAAGCAACUUCUUCACCAGUGUAUGAUCCAUCCCGUGUACCUGAAGUUAGAAGAGGGGCGACGUUUUCUGAGUUACUCGUUUGGAUUAAAUCCUGAACUAUCAAAGGAGUUCCACAAGACAAUUAAAAACCAGAUUCCUUACUGUGCAUUGAAUGUCCUCAGUCUCUAUGGCGAAGUCUAUUUCCGUGCCUGGAGAGUUGCUUCUGGAGCUUACUUAAAGGUUUUGGAGGAAAACUGUCUGCAAGAUCUGAUGUUUUCUGCUGUUCAUGCCCAACGCACUGGAACUCAGUCCAUGGCAUCAAGACUCCGGAAGGUGUUGGAAUACUUUCAUCAGCAAAAGAAGCAGAGAGGAGUUGAUGAAGCUCUUCUAAGGUUGUAUGAACCAAUUAUAUGGAGAGCAUUUAAGGUUGCAAAUCCUAUGGUCAGGGCUAACGCAGCAGCUUUGUUGACAGAUACCUUCCCAUUGCAAAAUCCAGAUGCAGCUAAUGAAGAGAUUGAUGCACUCCUGCAGAAGCAGUUUGACAUUGUGAAGGAUCUGCUGGAAGACCCAUGUCCCACAGUCAGGGCCACUGCCAUUCAUGGUGUCUGCCGCAUCACAGGCAUAUUCUGGGAGCUUAUUCCAGCACACAUCAUUAAGAUGUUUCUCACGACACUGGUAACUGAUCUGGCUUUUGACACUUCCUCUUGUGCCGUCAGAGUGGCUGUGUUUCAGGUAAUACAUAUUUUUGUUGAGACAGUUCCAAAAUCAGAGAAAGUGCGUGUGGCUUUUCUUGAUGUCCUGCUUCUUGUGAAAGGACUCAAAGCAAUUAAGUUCUGGAACAUAGUUCCCUUGGAGCAGUUACUCGCUCAACUGGAGGUGGAAAAGUCUGCUUCAGUGAUCAGGAGACUCGUUAAACUGCUCGUCAAUUCAUUUCAUCCGAUAUCCAAGGGAGUUGACGUACAGGUGACCCGCUGUUCAGCGUUAUGGCAAUCCAACCCUGUGGCUGCCAGGAAAUUCUAUCAGUAUGUACAUCUGCACACAACAGUGUCUGCAACAGGUAUCUACAGCAUAAGUGAUCCUUAUCAUACCGGUAUUUCAUUUGGCAUCUGGGAUGACAACAAUAGAUUUACUCGGAAAUUCGCGAAUCGCAUUUGCCUUUUAGUUACUUUUCACGCAUCACAGACUCAUUUUUGCCCUUAUCACUCGUCACGCAAACCCUUUGUAACCCUGGGUCACAAUAGUCUCCUUCGCAGCCAGUCAGUCCUGGGGCUGCCACUGAAUAGCCUAUUUACAGUCCCGUGCUUAGCAGUCGAGCCUUUGAACAGAAGCAAGCCUAAUCGGGCGUUGAACAACCUGGCUGAUGAUAAUUCAAUUUCUUGGUCAGCGGAGGACAAGGAAAAUGCAGAAGGCGUAGAAAGUGUGGACACAAGCAAUGCCAGUGCCUUAGCGGGAAUGGCCGAAACUAUAGCCAUUUGCUGGGGAGGCAUCAAAGACCANAUGGUGAUUUAUUUCGAUAGGCACGUCGAACUUAACUACGAAGCGUUAAUUUUCAUUCAUUCCUUGCACACCUUCGAACUGACAAACCUAACACACAAAUCCGAUGAUUUUUGUCUGAUUAUUAUUUUCAGUGCCAAAUGCCUGUCAUCUCUACACACCCUGCCUGCAAGUACAGUCGACACUGAGUAUGGUCCGUUGUUGAAUUGCCUGUGUGCCUGGGACAGAGUCACUGAGGUACUGCAGCUUAUCAACGAGUGGAUCACGUCUGGAAUGAGUGGAACAGUGAAGGACACAAAAACGGGACAGAAAACAAGGCAAAGAAAGAAGUCGGUGACUUUUCAACUCCCUUCCAACAACAAACACGUCUUGGCGCUUGAUUUUCUUUCUUGGAUUAUGGGCGAGCCUACUUGCCGCACAGCAGUGCAAGAAUCUUAUGAGAAACUGCGACAGAUUGCUGAUAGUCUGAAACAGAUAAUGGCAAAAAUUGAAGCUCGUCUUACAUCAAGUCAGUCAGCGCAGGAGAAUCUGUCUCAAAGCGAUGAGGAAUUUUUCCAGAAGGCUUUCCGUGCUUACUGUUUGUCAGAGAUCCAUCUGCAUCACAUGGAAAAGAAUGAGGAUUAUGGAGGUGCUAUGGCGGCCAUGGAAAAUGUUCUGGUGUGGGCAGACAGAGUUUUACUACCCAUAAUGAAUACUGAUAGUGAUCUUCAGAACGUAUCACACAAGGCAGCUGAGAGCACCAAACGUGGCUAUGAGGAUGAACAAAUUAGUUGUUUGGUGGUAAACCUUGUCGAGACCGUUUUGACGUGCGUGAGCGAGAUGGUCAUGAUCGGAAUAGCAGAGGAAAAAUUCUACAACCAUGCGGCAGUUUUUACAACGUCUUUGGCAAAAAUCGGUUGUAAAGCGGUGACGUUUUUGCCUCAGCUCUCCAAACUGUUGUACCAACUCGUUCACAGUAUCCUUCUAAGAGAUGAAUCAAGGAAUGUAAAUCUCCAAGGAGGGCCGGUGUCGAUUGUGUUGACAAAUGUGCUUCAAAUUUUGAAUUCCUGUGACAAUACAGAAGUUGAUGUUCUACCCCAGGCCCUUCUCGUUUUCCGACCUGCUCUGGCCGAAGGUCUUCUGCUUACUGAGCUUGGAAGACGUGGAACUGGGACAAAUACUAGUCUUAUGGCUCCUCUGGUGUCUGCUGUAUUGACAAAUAUCGCACAACAGUACUCGGCAUCGGAAGACGAUUCAAACGCAGCAGAUUUACCAAGACUCGCCAGCUCUAUCCUGAAAAUGAUCACAAGUUCUCAAGCUCUCUUGAGAUCAUUCAUGUUUGAGGUGAAACAUCUUGUAUUGUCAGGAGCGCUUGAUGAAAACGUUGGCACACUGACGGCGGCUGUUUCCCUACUAGGCGCACUUCAAGGUAAAGCUGAUACUAACGUGAUUAAAAGUUGCGCCCUUCACAUAAAUGAAAGGAUAAAAGAAAGCAACAGCUCAGAACAAAGCGAGGACUUGGAAGGCGCUCGUCUUCUCAUCCAAAGUUUACUCUCCACCUUACAGAUUGUCGUUUGAACAAUGUUGACCGCGUUACGAAAAUAACGUAUCACGUUCAUUUUCAGGCUGACUAACAGCAAUAUAACUCGUUCAGUUUAAAAAGAAAACUAACCUCCGAUCGGGUGCUGUCUGUUGUUUUUCGAAAGCUCUUCCACCUACUUUCUCGCUCGUGAAACUGAACGUCUCGUCGAAAGUUUGGGAUUUGAAGAAAAACAUGUUGGAUUUUGUACCAACUGAACUUGGCUCUAACGGUUUUAACACUAACUUGUUUUUCAAAGUGUUUCUUUUAAUAACAUUUAGCGUCAGUGAGUGUUCUUGUGUUAUGUUCUGAUUUCCUCAGUUGCGAAAAUGUCACUCUUGUAGUGGUCAAAGCUGCCCUCUUGAAGUAACAGUCCCUAAUCUGUAGAGAGUAAAACUAGCUUACCGAGGUCUGUAUGCCGUGUGCUGCAUAAGGACUCUUCAGUCGUUGCUUCUGUAAUCGAGUGAUUUAGUAUUUACGGAGUGAGUUGAAUGGAUUCCACUCCCAACCUUCCACCCUUGAGUGCCCUUUGUCAAGCCACCAAACCCGUCCCCAGAGAUUUGAGAUUUUAUUGUAAAGUCUUCAGUCGCGUCACUCUACAGUCACAAGUCCUAAGGUUACUGAAGGUUAAAACAGGGGAUAUUGAAAUAGUCCUUUAUCUACGAUUUCAAUUAAAACAGAGCACCGUCCAUUUUGUUAUGAAAAAAGUCGAUCAGGAAAUCUAAAUUAGAAAAAGCGACAAAAAAUAAGUUUGCAACUUUCACUGAGUGAAUGAGUGUGAGUGAGUUUGCGUAAAUUUAGUUCUUCAGUACUUUAAACACAAACGCAUUUGUUUCUGUUUGACGCCCUUCGACGUUGUAAAGAGGAACUUUUUCUUUUGUAACAUAUUCCAAAAUCCCGGAAUUUACCAUUUCCAGCAGCUUUUGUUGCCAUUCCAUCAUAUCCUCGUCGAAAACAUCAAAACAAAGCAAACCCCCUGCAAUAAAAAGUAAACAAGAUAAAUAAAUAAAGUUGCUGCGAAGUGAAGUACCGAUGAAAGAAUUUCUCACCCUACAAAUAUCUGGGACAAAAAGGAUGGUUGCAGGGGAACCUUUGUUGCAUCCGGAACAAGGUCCAAAAUGUGCAAACUAUUUGCUCAAGGAUGGUCUCCGUAAAAUCGCUACGUUCGCUGCAAUCAUUGCAAUCGACAGAAAAAAAGUGGAUCUAUCCUUCCGACCACCAGAGGGGACCUCCGGCUGGAUCAAUCAACGACGCACUGCCUCCUGUUAUGACCAUUAUCGCAGCAGUCGCUGCAGUUUCCUUAUGACCCACAUGCAUUAACGAUCACCACAAUCGUUGAAGAGUUGAUUUUAUUUGACUUUAGUAUAUGACUAGCUCCCUGAGGGGGCAAAAUAAACCAAAUCCUGCGGUGUGAUUGUCUACCAUAACGGGCAAGAUGGCACAGCUAUCUUGUCCGCUCGGGACUAGCCACUGUGUCACGCAAGAAACAUUUCCCCGAAAGCCAUAAAGUAAAUAUUUUAUUGACCACUUAUUGACCUGAUAUUGCGACACUAUCAUGGUCACUUGGUAAAAUUUGGAUAUGGUAAAAACGUUUUGGUACGUUUGGCUGCAUACCAGGUUCGUUUGAUACGGCCAUGAGUAUUUUGACUUGAUUAUGUCUCGCCAAAAUACGAACCAGGACUCAACCAAACUCGCCUGAUAACCUGCCGAAGCCUA